AUGGCCGCUCCUCAGGAUACUCAGGGUACUCUCAAGAUUGAGAAUGUGAGUCACGAGCUUCAUGAAGCCUCUACCCAUACACCUCAGUACUUCUUCUAUAUCCUUCUUGUACUAACGAUUGCGUGCGCANNGACUGACAAGCGUGACACCCUCAUUGCUACUGAGAAGAAGUACCAGCAACAGUGGAAGCAAGACGCCAUCUUCCAAUCGAACGCUCCUUCGCUCCAAGAUGUCCCCUUCCACUCUAUCACCCCUGCAGAGCUCCGUGAGCAGCAACCGAAAUUUAUGGGCACUAUCGCGUACCCUUACAUGGCAAUAUUACAACCGUGCCUGUGGUUACAUAAGAGACAUGCUAACUAUGGUGUANNGAACGGUAUCCUCCACGCAGGCCACGCAUUCACUGUUUCCAAGGUCGAAUUCGCUACCGGAUGGGCCCGUAUGGAGGGCAAGAGAGCUCUGUUCCCUCAGGGAUACCACUGCACUGGAAUGCCCAUCAAGUCUUGCGCCGACAAGCUGGCUCGUGAGAUGGAAAUGUUCGGCAAGAACUUCGAAAACUACAAAGAGGAAGACGCCGAGGAAGAUGCUGUACCCGCGCCCACUCAAGAGACCACCAAGGCCGACAUCACAAAGUUCAGCGCAAAGAAGAGCAAGGCUGCUGCCAAGGCUGUCUCGAUGAAGUACCAGUUCCAGAUCAUGGGCGCCCUCGGAAUCCAAAAGGAGGAGAUCCACAAGUUCGCCGAUUCAAACCACUGGCUCAAUCAUUUCCCUGCUCUCUGUGAGCGCGAUCUCACGAACAUUGGUGCAAGAGUCGACUUCAGAAGAAGUAUGGUCACAACCGACAGAAAUCCUUACUACGACGCUUUCGUCCGCUGGCAAAUGAACCGUUUGAAGGAGCUGGGCAAGAUCAAGUUUGGCAAGCGUUACACUGUCUACUCGCCUAAGGAUGGACAAGCCUGCAUGGACCAUGACAGAAGCUCGGGCGAAGGUGUUGGUGUUCAGGAGUACACUGCUUUGAAGAUGAAGGUUCAAGAAUGGGCCGAGCCCGCACANAAGAUCCUCGCUGGCAAGCUCCCCGAGAACGCCAACGUCUACUUUGUCCCUGCCACCCUCAGGCCUGAGACCAUGAUGGGGCAAUGCGCCGUGUUUGUGUCUCCCACUAUCAAAUACGGCAUCUACAAAGUCUCCGAGACCGAGUACUACUUCAUCUCAGAAAGAGCUGCUCGUAACAUGGCUUUCCAGGGCAUCUUCCCUGAAUGGGGAGUCUUNCCCAAGGUUGCUGAUUUGCAGGGCUCCGACGCCCUUGGCACUAUCGUCAAUGCUCCUCUCUCCGUGUACGAGAACGUCCGCGUUCUGCCCAUGGAGACCGUCAAGGCUUCCAAGGGUACCGGUGUCGUUUCUUGUGUUCCCUCGGAUUCUCCCGACGACUACAUUACCAUUCAGGACCUGAUCAAGAAGGCCGAAUACUACAAGAUCAAGAAGGAGUGGGCUGACCUUGAGAUCCUCCCUAUCAUCGAGACUCCCACUUACGGAAACUUGACUGCUAAGAAGUUGUGCGAGGACAUGAAGAUCGCCUCGCCCAAGGACACCAAGCAGCUUGCUGAGGCCAAGGAUCUUGCUUACAAGGAGGGCUUCUACAAGGGUACCAUGUGCUACGGUGAGCACAAGGGCAAGUCUGUCGAGGAGGCCAAACCCCUCAUCAGACAGACCCUCAUCGACGCCGGCAACGCUUUCAACUAUGCUGAACCCGAUGGUGAGGUCAUGUCUCGUUCUGGUGAUUCGUGUGUUGCUGGACAUUUGGAUCAGUGGUACUUGAACUACGGCAAGAAUGGCGAUGAAGCCUGGCAACAAGAGGUUCUUGGGCACGUCAACGGCGAGCUUAACACUUUCUCUACUGAGGCCAAGAAUGCCUUCCAACAGACUCUCGACUGGCUGGGUCAGUGGGCUUGCGCUCGUUCUUACGGUCUUGGCUCGAAGCUUCCAUGGNGACCCUCAAUUCUUGGUAGAAUCGCUCUCAGACUCUACAAUNNUUACCCUUCAUACUACACAAUCAGUCACUACUUGCACUCCGACAUCUACGGAGACACGCAAGGUAUUGGUAAAAUCUCCGCCGCACAAAUGAGUGAUGAGGUGUUCGAUUACAUCUAUUGCCGUCGUGAGGACGUCGAGAGUGACAUCCCUAAGGAGACCCUCCAAGCAAUGCGCAGAGAGUUUGAAUACUGGUACCCUCUGGAUGUCCGUGUUUCUGGCAAGGAUCUUAUCCAGAACCACUUGACCUUCUUCCUCUACAUCCACAUCGCCCUCUUCCCUCGCGAGUACUGGCCUCGUGGUAUUCGUGCCAACGGCCAUCUUCUCUUGAACGGUGAGAAGAUGAGUAAGAGUACCGGUAACUUCCUUACCCUGUUUGAUGCAACCAAGAAGUUUGGUGCAGAUGCCACUCGUGUGUCUCUCGCCGAUGCUGGAGACUCGAUUGAAGACGCCAACUUCGAGGAGACCGUCGCUAAUGCAAUCAUUCUCAAGCUCUUCGAGCUGAGAAAGUGGUGUGAGGAGACUAUCCAGGGUGCUCGUGUGCUUAAGGACGGCGAGAACUACCUUGAGGUUAACAAGAACGAGCGUCUCAAGAACAACGACUGUGUCCAGCGUACUGGCGAGAGAUCUUUCUGGGACGAUAUCUUCGAGAACGAGCUCAACGGCUUGGUCAGCGAGACAAGAGAGCACUACUCUGCCACCAACUACAAGUCCGCUCUCAAGUCCGGCUUCUACGACUUCACUAGCGCUCGUGACUUCUACCGUGAGAUCACCAAGUCUUCCGGUAUCGGCAUGCACCAAGACCUUGUUCGCAAGUACGUCGAGUUGCAAGCUUUGAUGAUUACCGUCGUCGCACCCCACUGGUCAGAAUACAUCUGGCUCGAGGUCCUCGGAAAACCCAGCACUGUGCAGAACGAGCUCUUCCCUCAAGUUCCCGCCACCAAGCCUGAGCUUACUGCCGCUCGUGAAUACGUCCGUCAAACCAGCGGUAAUAUCACUUCUGCAGAGGGCGCUCAAUUGAAGCGUAUGACCAAGGGCAAGGCCACCAACUACGACCCUAAGCAACCUAAGAAGCUGACCAUCUUCAUGGCAACUGAAUACCCUGCUUGGCAGAACAAGGUCAUUGAUUUGGUCCGCGAAGCCUUUGACGGCCUGUCCAUUGACAUGAAGGCAAUCAGCAAGAAGGUUGACAAGGCUGACAGCAAGAAGGCCAUGCCCUUCAUCCAAACCCUCAAGAAGAGCCUUGAGGGUGGCAUUGACUCGAACACUGUUUUCGAGCGCAAGCUUGCCUACAACGAGGUUGAUGUGCUCGCCCAGAUGGUUCCUGGUUUGAUGAGCACAGUGCAAAGAUGUGCUUGUGUUGAAGUCAUCUCUGUCGAGCAAGGUGGCAAGACCGGUAAGGUUGUUGCCAGCUUGGGUGAAGCUGCUGCUGCAAAGGGUACUGAGUUGCCCGAAUUGCCGCCUCAGGCUGAGAAUGCUGUACCUGCANAACCCUACUUUCUUCUUCUCGAACAUUUAAAGGGUGUUGUUUAG